AUGGAUGAUAACAAGUACAGAAGCGGAGGCAAUACCUCACCCUCCCUUCGCAUGUGUAAUGGGUACGUUCUGCCUGAAGGCAAGAUCACUCCCAAUGCCCUGUUUGUUGGUGGGAUUGAUACAAAGGUGGAUGAAAAUGAAAUGCGUGACUUCUUUGAGACUUUCGGGGCUGUCAAAGAAGUCAAAAUAAUCACAUACCGAGGAGGGUUUUGCAAAGGGUAUGGCUUUGUCUACUUCAGCGACGAAGUGGACAUUCAGGAAAUCGUCAACAAACAGAUCAGUUUUCAGGGCCGUCAGCUUAAGUUGGGCCCAGCCAUCAUGAAAGAAAGGAGUGCGCGGUCCAUGUCUCCUCGCCUGUUUGGCCCAGCUCCAUGGAUGAAUCCCACACAGUACAUUUACUGCUCCUGCUGCGCACCCAUGGGCGGGGGCCCUCAGUCCAUGAUGAGUGGAGGCAAUCCAUACAGUCAGCCGUACUACUCUGGUUUCGGAGGAGUCGUGAUGCCCGUGAACUACCCCCAGAGUCCGUACACAUACCAGUACUCUCCCCCUCACUGGACCGCAGACCAGAGGACCCGACACCUCAACCAGAACUUUGUGGACUGUGGGGUUCAGACCAUGCUGACCGUUUUGUGA